AUGGCCGUCGUGCCAGAUGCCACGCUUGAAUCACUCAGUCAGAUCGUGGCGGGAAAGUACUUUUUCGCCGCGGCAAUGACAAUGCUCUUCUAUGACCACCUCAUCACGUUUCCCUUGGAGGUUCAGGUCAUAUGGAAGCGCCCAAAGACGUAUCUGAGCUUCUUGUUCAUCCUGGUUCGAUACUAUGCUCUUCUGGCUGUGAGCGUCGUCGCAUUUGCGUAUUUCUCCACCACGAUGACCCGGGAAAGGUGUGGCCACUGGAUGUUGUUCCUCCCGUUGGGUGUGACGAUGCCUCUGGCACUUCUUCCCGGAAUCCUGAUGAGCAUCCGUGUGUAUGCUCUGUAUAAUCGUAACAUCUGGAUUCUCGGGUGGCUCUUGUUAUAUUUGGCUGCACAGACCGGAGCGGGUCUGUGGCAGUACACCGUCCGAGGUGGCACGCCUGCGCCGGACCCGCUCCCGAAUGACCAUAACUUUCAUUUCUGUAUCUACCUUCCUCCCAAGAAGAUUGGGCACCUCUCGACCAUGUAUGUUUUCAUGGAGCUAUGCUUUGAUAGCAUGGUUUUCCUUCUCACUGUCGCUCGAACAACAUACAUCCACUGGAAUCAGCGCAGGAAGUUCGCCGCCUCAGCCGCCUCACGCUGGGGAAAGCAGAAGGAGCCCUCCUCGCUCCUCUUGUCUCUAUUCCGUGACGGAGCUUUCUACUUCGGCGUGAUAUUCUCGAUUAACCUGGUCUGGGUUAUCAUGAUCUUGCAUGCCCCGACGGGACUUCGAGCCAUCGCCUCAGUACCCUCAGGAUGCUUCAUCACCACCAUGAUCUCCAGGAUCACACUCAACCUCCGCUCUACAGCAUACGGACCCGCAAAUCUGGACGAGCGAACUGGGGUGGCUACGGUGGGUCUCACGGUGUCUAUGCCGUUGUCGGAUAUGCAGAGGACGCCGCGCGGCGAGAGCUUCACGUCCGCUACUGCCCAUAUCGUCACUACGGUGUAUAACGACGAAGGCGAGCUGCAAGAUGAUGUGGAGACACCACACAGCGCUCUUCCCUUCUUCAACGGGAAUGGGUACGGGAACGACCCGUUUGGGCCAAGAGCAGUGUAG